AUGUAUCGGAAGUUGUCUAAGUUAGAACACUCGGAAAUAAAACAACUUCUUACAGAAGCUAACAUAGAAGUAGCAAAACAUUACGCAACAAACAAAAAAGCACUCGCUGACAUCCUCAAUGACUAUAAUGGUGCAAUAAGUUAUGAUAGAAUUCAUGAGUUCAUAAAGCCGCAACGCGGCGAGGACGAAGUCCAUGCAAGAGCAUUUCCUUUAAAUGACAUUGCUAUUGACUUAUAUCAUAGACGUUCAGUACCUCAUGAAGUAAGAAGAGAAAUGUUUGACAUAACAAAUGCAAACGUUGGUGAAACAAGAAGAAGAGACGACACACUGAAACAACAGAGAAGAGAGAUGUUUAAAAGUGCUAUAGAACAAGUUCGCAAAGCUAACGAUGUCAUUCGUUCCAUUGACGACAAACCAAAAGAAGGUGAGAGAUGGUUAAAGAAAGAUGAAGAGAAUAGGAAGAGAAAU